CGACACACCCCUGAAGAAACCCCAUUCGUUUAUCAGAGUUUUGUCCUUUAUCGCUUUCCCUAGUCACUCACCGAAAAAGUUUUUGCUUUAACACCAAGCUGCUGACUUGUAAAUAAUCUCUUGCACAAGAUGACACAAUGAUAGUGGACUAGACAUGGAGCUGACUGUUAAACGCCUGGUGAAUGAUGCAGACCUCAGGGACAUUUAUGAAUUUGGAAAGAAAUUGGGUCAAGGUAGUUUUGGAGUUGUUUAUGAAGCCACUCACAUUAAGACACAGACAAAAUGGGCUAUCAAGGAGGUUUGCAGACCACCGGCAGGAAGCUCAAAAGUUCAAAUGCUGGAGCAUGAAAUAAACAUUCUCAAACAAGUGAAUCACAAACACAUCAUACGUCUUGAAGCGAUCUACGACACGGCUAUGACGAUUUUUUUGGUUACUGAACGGUGCAAAGGCGGUGAACUGCAGCAGCUGUUGCAGCAAAAAAAGUACUUUACAGAGAAUGAGGCAAAGAAUGUAAUCUGUAGCUUAGCCGAUGCUGUUGCCUACCUUCAUAAAAAAGAUAUAGUGCACCGGGACUUGAAACUUGAGAACAUUCUUGUGAAAAAUUGUCCCAAAGAGAAUGAUGACAAGAUCGAUAUCAAGGUGACAGACUUUGGAUUAUCGGUGAUGAGAGGUGGUGUAGGGAUGGAACAUAUGAUGACGGAGGCCUGUGGGACUCUUACCUAUAUGGCACCUGAAAUGAUGAGCGGCCGUGGUUAUAGUCAUUGGUGCGAUGAGUGGAGCAUAGGAGUCAUUAUGUAUAUGCUGCUUUGUGGGGAGCCUCCAUUUGUGUCCAAAACAAAGUCAGGUCUUCUUGAAGAGAUUAUGAAGGAAAGUGUCCUAUUUACCCAAACUAUCUGGAACCAAGUCAGUAAUUCAGCAAAACAUAUACUGCGUAGCCUUCUGAAGGUGGACCCUGCCUACAGAAUAUCUGCUAGUCAGCUACUGGAAGUACCCUGGAUUACAGGCAACACUAAUGAGUCUGCUGUACUGUCCAAUGUGCUGGAUAUGAUGCGUGACCACCGGGAAAACAGAGAGAGAACGCAGUCUCUGGAGGUUUUGUCUCUCCCAUCUUCUGAGGACAACCUGGAACCCUUGCUGGUCCCCCAAGAAGUUUCAACAGAAAGAACAAACAGCAGCUGCAGGAACCACGCUGAGCUUAGCCAAGAGCUGAGAAACAGAAACUCCCAUACAAGCGCCACAUGCAUGAAACAGUCUCAUGCUGGUGUAAAAGCCUCUACACAGACAAGUGGCAAGCAGCACAAGCCUCAGGACAAGAAGGACACAAGUACAGGAAAGAAACUGGCCCCCAUCCAAAGUAAGGAUGAUAGCCAAAGACUUGCUACCUCUGGUAAAAAAGGUGUGAUACCUGCAAACCACCAUCUAGUUCAAAGACCAACGCCCGUCCAUAAUAAAACUAAAACACGAGACAUUUCUCGUGGGAAAACAUGAAAGAGAAAAACUGAAGUAGAGAUGGCCGUGGUGGGUAUACACUUAUUGUAAUUUUUUUUUU